AUGUUGAAAACAAAUCCUCCAAAAAAAACAAUGAUGUCUUACAAAAGUGUUUUCAUCACUCUUGUCAUUGUUAUAGCUGGCUUAGAUGGUAAAUCAACAGCAUUACUGAAAAACGAACCAGAACGUUGCUGUUAUCCAACACAAUAUAGCUCAAAAAUAAGUACAUCUGUUGAUCUUGUUUUACCUGGUGAUCAAACAUACAGUUCAUAUGUCAGUCGUUUCUUAUAUAGAUCAUUUGAUUUAGACACAAUGAGAGGUGUAUCAAUUACAUUACCUUGUCAACAAAAAUCAAAUGUGUGGAUUAUUGAAAAUAUAAAUGAUGAAAUAAUGUAUACAAUUAAUCAAGACUUGAAAACAUGUGUUAAAUCAAAGAUUAUGUCUAAAACAUUGGUUCGUGUACCUGAUACAGCAGAAUACUUUGGUUCAUCUAUAUAUGGAUAUGGUGAUAAGAAAAUUCUUGCUGAUACAUGGCUGUCAAUGUGA